AUGCCGCCGCCUCCACCGUCGCGCACGACGGCGAAGCCGCCGCCGCGAGUUCGCCCUCAUCAAGCCGCCUCCUUCCCCUACACCCUCCGGCCUAGACCCGGUAGAACCCUAGUUCCUACCACUUUGGUAUCAGUUAGCAAGGUUCAGGUCAUGUCUUCUGCGCCGCCGCCCACUCCACCCGCGCCGGUGCCCACCCCAACCGCGCCGCUGCCCAUCACCACCGCGCCGCUGUCCUCCCCACCCGCGCCGCUGGUCCCCACCUCCGGCGCCCCCACCGCCCAGCUAUCGGCGCCUUCCACCGCGCCGUCCGCCGCCGUCUAG